GGCAUUGCCCAGGCAAGGCGGAGCCUGGAGUGCCCGUCGGUCCGAGUGCCGUCCCGGUAACCCCAGCCGCCGCCGCCUCCUGCCCGCGCCAUGACCCAGCCCGUACCCCGGCUCUCUGUGCCCGCCGCGCUGGCCCUGGGCUCGGCCGCUCUGGGCGCCGCCUUCGCCGCCGGCCUCUUCCUGGGGAGACGGUGCCCUCCAUGGCGAUCCCGGCGAGAGAAGCGCCUGCUGCCCCCUGAGGACAGCCCCCUGUGGCAGUAUCUGCUGAGCCGCUCCAUGCGGGAGCACCCGGCGCUGCGGAGCCUGCGGCUGCUGACUCUGGAGCAACAGCAGGGGGACUCCAUGAUGACCUGUGAGCAGGCCCAGCUUCUGGCCAACCUGGCGCGGCUCAUCAAGGCCAAGAAGGCGCUGGACCUCGGCACUUUCACAGGCUACUCAGCCCUCGCGUUGGCCCUGGCGCUGCCCCCGGCCGGGCGCGUGGUGACCUGCGAGGUGAACGCGGGGCCCCCGGAGCUGGGGCGGCCCCUGUGGAGGCAGGCUGAGGAGGAGCACAAGAUCGACCUUCGGUUGAAGCCCGCCCUGGAGACUCUGGAUGAGCUCCUGGCCGCGGGCGAGGCCGGCACCUUCGACGUGGCCGUGGUGGACGCGGACAAGGAGAACUGCGCCGCCUACUACGAGCGGUGCCUGCAGCUGCUGCGCCCUGGAGGUGUCCUCGCCGUUCUCAAUGUCCUGUGCCGCGGAGAGGUGUUGCAGCCUCAACCACGGGACACUGCGGCUGAGUGCGUGCGAAACCUGAAUGAGCGCAUCCUGCGGGACGCCAGGGUCCACAUCAGCCUCCUGCCCCUGGGCGACGGCCUCACAUUAGCCUUCAAGAUCUAGAGCUGGACCCUAGGCGAGUGGCCUCGAAGGAUGGGACUUGGGAACCCCAGCCACGGACCCUCAGUUUUAACCUAUCAAUAAAGUGGGGCCUGGGGCAUGAGCAUCUGAUUCUCGUACUUCUGAGCCUUCCUACGUGGCACUCAAGUAGCGUAGGCCCAGCAUGGGCAGACUUCUGCAGCAAAAGGGAGCCGUGAGGUCACAGACGUACAUUCUGUCCCUGGCACAGUCCUGAGGGCUGCCCAGCACCAGGGUGCCUGAUGACCGCAGUCUCCAGCUGACUGGAGGCAGUAUAUACCAAGUUUUAAUUGACCUGGCCACAUGCAAUUGGUCAGAGACCUCAGCUCCUCAGGUUUGCCUCCACUCCACAGGAUCUGAGGGCUGGAUGCUGGGUAGAGGACCCCUUGGUCUCCCUACUACCUAUCUUCCUAUGAGGGGCAAGUGAAUGAAGUUCCUGUUCAGUGUAACUGGGACCAGUGGGGAGACGAUAUGUGGAAUCCGACAAGAGGCCUAGCAGGGGCCAGGGUUGUCACUGAGUACUUUUACAGGUUAUGCCAGUUCUGCUGGCCAUUUGCCUAUGUUUUCACAGAAGUGUAGGCUAGGCCUCACCUCUGAGAUGGAGGCCCUGGUCAGUGGACAUCACUCCUGAGAACCAGACCACUUGACUUAGACCUGAGGACCUCAAAGUUGACUGGAGUAUAUAUAUAUAUCCUGCCCUCCCCCUUAAGUUCUGGAGGAAGGUGAGGGACUGGGUGGGAUCACUGGCCAGAGAGGUGUGAAACAGACAGGCCUACAGGUAGGGGACCAUCAAUAUGGCAAUUUUAACAAGUUCCCCAGAGGAAGAUCAAGUUAGGCUUUCCAGCACCAACAUCUAUGAGUGGAGGUGGAGAGGGAGCCAGAUGCUUCACUUCUCUCAUUUAAACCUCCCCAAUCCUGUAGGAAGAUCUUAUCUCCACACGACGAUGAAGAUCAGGCUCAGAUAUUACGUGUUCUUUCCACUAACACUGCCUCAGGCGUCAGCAGAAAUGGUAUCAGCCUAGAAUACAACUAGGUCUUGCCACCGCCUGGUUGGGCCUGGGUGGUGGAAGUGCACCAGGAGACUGCUAGAAGCAAGGGCGCAGGAGCCAUAGGAGCCCACAGCUGGUGACUUGCAUAAUCCUACAGCUCCUGGGAUAUACCUUACAAUUCUCAGGACCAUGGCUGUAAACCUACCCUUUUCUCCCCCAUUCAUAAAAGCAUUUUAGGAUGCACAUGGGUCAACUGGUCCAAUUUACUAAGCAGAUCCUUGACAAACUGGUAACUCAUUUGUGCCACACCUCACAACAUAAGGCCACACCCCAGUCCAGAGUAUUGGACCAAGUGAACUCCAGCCACAGCAUGAGGGAGGGCCACCAGUUAGCUAAGGGGCGGCUGGCCAUCCAGGGGGCUUCAAGUGUCGCCAGGGCCUGUGACCAGGUUUCUUCCCUGCUGAGCACCACCAGCAGUUUGAGAGAGUGUCUGCUGGUCUACUUCACACUUCUCUUCCGUAUGCCAAGUACAAGAGGUGCUCUCACACCUACCUUGCAUAGACAUCUUUUCCUGUUUUUCUUACAUAGCAACAGGUCCUGCCUUAAACAAAUUGGUUCAAAAUUCCAACUUUCUGCCAUUAAGUCAUGUGUGUCUGAUGUACAUGGGCCUUUCCGGCCAGUCCCUUAGGACAAACAUCGUGAGACCAGAAGGGGCCUAUGU